CCGCGGCAGUGCCCGCAGGACCCCGGGGCGGGCCCGGGCUGCCCGGCGCCGCGUCCGCAGGACCCCGGCGGCUACCCAUGUUGAGGUGAGUCUGCGGGAGCCGCCGCCGCCGCCACCGCCGCUGCCACCACUGCCGCCGCCGCUGUCCCGUCCAAGCCGCCGCUCUGCGCGGCUCCCCCGCCGGCCAGGAUGCUGGAGGAAGCGGGCGAGGUGCUGGAGAACAUGCUGAAGGCGUCGUGCCUGCCGCUCGGCUUCAUCGUCUUCCUGCCCGCCGUGUUGCUGCUGGUGGCGCCGCCGCUGCCCGCCGCCGACGCGGCGCACGAGUUCACCGUCUACCGCAUGCAGCAGUACGACCUGCAAGGGCAGCCCUACGGCACACGGAAUGCAGUGCUCAACACGGAGGCGCGGACCAUCGAUGCAGACGUGUUGAGUCGCCGCUGCGUGCUCAUGCGGUUGCUAGACUUCUCCUAUGAGCAGUACCAGAAGGCUCUGCGGCAGUUGGCCGGUGCCGUGGUCAUCAUCCUGCCACGGGCCAUGGCUGCCGUGCCCCAGGACGUCAUUCGGCAAUUCAUGGAGAUUGAGCCUGAGAUGCUGGCCAUGGAGACUAUUGUUCCUGUGUACUUUGCUGUGGAAGAUGAGGCCCUGCUCUCCAUCUAUGAGCAGACUCAGGCUGCCUCUGCCUCCCAGGGCUCCGCCUCUGCUGCCGAAGUGCUGCUCCACACUGCCACUGCCAAUGGCUUCCAGAUGGUCACCAGCGGGGUCCAGAGCAAGGCCUUGAGUGACUGGCUCAUCACCAGCGUGGAGGGACGGCUGACGGGCCUGGGUGGAGAGGACCUGCCCACCAUCGUCAUUGUGGCUCACUACGAUGCCUUUGGAGUGGCUCCUUGGCUGUCACAUGGCGCAGACUCCAACGGGAGCGGCAUCUCUGUGCUGCUGGAGCUCGCCCGCCUCUUCUCCAGGCUGUACACCUACAAGCGCACCCAUGCUGCGUAUAAUCUCCUGUUCUUUGCGUCUGGAGGGGGCAAAUUUAACUACCAGGGGACCAAGCGCUGGUUAGAAGACAACCUGGACCACACAGAUUCCAGCCUGCUCCAGGACAACGUGGCUUUCGUCCUCUGCCUGGACACCGUGGGCCGGGGCAACAGCCUGCACCUGCACGUGUCCAAGCCGCCCAGGGAGGGGACGCUGCAGCACGCCUUCCUGCGGGAGCUGGAGAUGGUGGCUGCUCACCAGUUCCCGGAGGUGCGCUUCUCGAUGGUGCACAAGAAGAUCAACCUGGCAGAGGACAUCCUGGCCUGGGAGCACGAGCGCUUCGCCAUCCGCCGGCUGCCUGCCUUCACCCUGUCCCACCUGGAGAGCCACCGCGACGGCCAGCGCAGCAGCAUCAUGGACGUGCGGUCCCGGGUUGAUUCUAAAACCCUGACCCGCAACACAAGGCUCAUUGCAGAGGCCCUGACUCGAGUCAUCUACAACCUGACUGAGAAGGGGACGCCCCCGGACAUGCCCGUCUUCACGGAGCAGAUGCAGAUCCAGCAGGAACAGCUGGACUCGGUGAUGGACUGGCUCACCAACCAGCCCCGGGCUGCCCAGUUGGUGGACAAAGAUGGCACGUUCCUCAACACACUGGAGCACUACCUGAGCCGCUACCUGAAGGAGGUGAAGCAGCACCACAUCAAGGCUGACAAGCGGGACCCCGAGUUUGUCUUCUACGACCAGCUGAAGCAGGUGAUGAAUGCCUACAGGGUCAAACCAGCCAUUUUUGACCUGCUCCUGGCAGUCUGCAUCGGCGCCUACCUCGGCAUGGCCUAUACCGCGGUCCAGCACUUCGACCUCCUGUACAAAACAGUUCAGAGACUACUCCUGAAGGCCAAGACGCAGUGACGAGGCCCUGCCAGCACCAUGUGCCCCUGCCCGCCACCCUCACCACCACCCCUGGCCUGCAGGGGCUCACCAAACCCCCGAAUUACAGAGCUUUUCUGUGUUGCUCUUGAGGAUUUAGGGGGUUCUUUCUCGUUUUUGUCUUCGAACUCCCUUGGAGGAGCAUUUGGUAGAGUUUGGGGCCAGACCACGGACUUGGGAACAAGCGGUGGCUGAGCCUCUGGCCCGGGAGAUGAAAGGAAGUUGCCCGGCACAGCCUUGGGCUCGCUCUGCUCGUGAUGCCGCCACGGCUGGCACUGGCUCUGCGUCUGCCUCCACGCUGCCUCCACCCCCCUCAGUGUCUCGGAUGCUCUCUUCAUGUUGGUCUGAAGAGGGCAGCACCGGCCUCUGGGUCCCCAGCUUGUAGCUCCAGCCUUGGAAUGUUAUGUCUCCCUCCCUGGACCAGGGCUGAGGCUCAUGUCUCCCAGAACCCCACUGGACAGUGGAGCCCUGAAGACCUGGAGGCCCCCGCCUCUCUCUCGCCUUCCUGCAGGGCCCCUGCGCUGUUCUCGUCACGGGCUUCUCUGCCUCUGCUCCCUUUCACUGCGCCCUAGGGAAUGCCAGCAUUUCCCCAGGCGUCUUCUCUGUUGGCUCCCAAAGGGAAACCGGGUGCCUUUGGCGGCCCCAGGCUCCAGAGGCAGUCCUCAAGGAGGCCCUGGAGGAGAGGCCCUGGCCCCUCUGCACACUCCCUUCUUAGCCCAACUGAGCCGUUUCCUCAUCUGAAAAGGAGGGUGUGGUGUGAAACCAUGUUGGGGCCUGGUGGGGGUUGUCAGGGCAGAGUGUUGGCUGCAGAAGAUGCAUCAGUAGGAUCCAGAGGGGGAAAGUGUGGGCUCUGCAAGCCUCACCCAAGCCCGCAGUCUACAAACCAGGUGCCUCAGGGGCGUGAGCUUCUCUCCUGGUGGAGAGGAGGCUUCCAGCACUGGAUGGACCUCAGGGAGAUGCAGGUGUAUCAAUUCAGAGCAAUAUAAUCAAGCAAGUGUUAGAUGCUAAGGGGAGGGUCAGGACCAGGGAGGAGGGCUCCAGCCUCACCAUGGAGGACUGAAGUGGUGUAAAGGGGCAAAAGGACCGGCUCUCCCCUCCCCACCCAGCCUGCUGUUGCCUCUUCCCCACAGCCCGCCCGCAGGAGGGACUGUCUGGGCUCUUCUGAGGGCUCUUGUCUGCCUCCAUCUCCAGCCUCCCACCUUUGCCAAAGCAGUCCCUCAGAAUGUCUGGCCGUCCUGUUCUCCAGCCUUCCGGGCCCCUGGCUGUUGGCUAAGUCGGGCCUCGGGAGAGGUCAGCGUGGGGGCCACAGGUUCUGCCUCGUUCCUCCUCCACCCUUCCUGGAGGGCUGUCUGCUUGACCACCUCUGGGGGCUCAUGCUACAAGAUGAGAAGUUGGAUAGGGCGGGAGGGGGGAACUCAUCUUUGCCCACAUGGGACUGACCGGUGCGCCGUCUGGGAUUGCCCAGCUAGUGCCCUCCUCCCCAGGUGGCUCCGGCCACUGUUCAGAGCUCAGGCUGGAUGUGGGACACAGUCGGAUGAUCAGAAAAUAAAGCCAUAUCGAACAUUCA